CAUUCAAGUGUUGUCCUUCAAAAGCUAUCUAUUGAGCCAUCCUAGGCAAUUAGGACACAUUUCUUGUCUUUCUUGUCCUACUUUCUUCUCUUUACAAUAUGAUAUUUGCUGUGUUGGAAGUUGUGUCACAAGCGUUUCCUCCCAUCGCCUCGGAUGAAUCCAUAAUGACCCUGUCAAAAGACAUCUUCGAAUUGCUGUCAGAAAAGAAACUUGAAUGGAUUGUCCUCGUCAUAUUGUAUCUUUGCAUAAUAGUUACUGUUGAAAAUCAGUGAGGGUCCAUGGAGCAGUCAUCACCACGACUUUGUAACAGUGAACUUCCCCAAGGUGAAGAGACUGCUUCUUCUUCACGAGAAUCAUCACAAAAGUCUACUACGUGGACAACCCAGGAACAGAUAGAGCAGUCCAAUUACGAGUCGUUGAAGAAAAGUGAAGACUAUUCCGAAACUCAAAGCGAAAGCAUAGAACCAAGUUAUGAAGACAGAGGUGAAGAUAACGAAGAUGUUUUAGGAGGUGCACUUAGUGCGUUUACGAAAACAGGAGCCAAGCCAAAGUGGUUGAAGUGUAAACUUUGUAAUUAUGAGUGUUGGCCUCCUAAUGCACGGCAUCAUUUAUUAAAGUGCCCUGUGUUGAAAAAGUCUCCUCAUUUGAGAGAUAAGAUGCUUCCCAAUCCUGCACCUCCUCCACCUCCUCCUAGUUCAAGAAAAGUGUAUGCAAGAGAAGAAGACAAUCCAUAUUACUUUACAAGGAUUAACACUGCUCCUGGAUAUAUAUGUAACAACUGUGGAUUAGGUUUAAGAGGGGCCCAUCGUCCUCGUCACUUGCGCUCAUGUUGGAAACGAGGAAAACGAGAAAGAUUGAGUCAAAAUACUUUGUCCAGAUAUCAUCAGAGAGGACAAAGUAAAAGUGGAACGACGGACUCUUCUACUUGCAGUAGUAGAGGAAUUCAUGAAGAGCCUUCAUUCUUUCCAGUGAUGGAGACCCAUACGGGUAUUUGGGGUUUCCAAGAUAGGAUUCCUGCUACCUGUGUUGUGCAUCAUUCGACAGAACAAAGCAAAAUGAAGACGAUAUCUACGCAUAUUGCUAUUGUUUCUGUUGGAGAGCAGUGGGUUAUGAGAGCACAAAAAGAUCAGUUGUCUGUUCACAAUCUGUGCUCCUGACAAGCAUUUUUGGUAUCAACUAU